GGCAUCAAGAUGGCUGCGACAGUGACGAGUGCUGCCGGCAGCUCACCUAUCGCCGCCGCGACGCCCAGUAAGAGCGCGGCCCGUCGCACGGUCGCCGACCCAGAGGCUGAUUCGACCGGCGGUUCGACGGCCACUUCCCGAAGCCUAGUGCGACGUAUCCUGUGGCCCUUCGGCACAGACGCGCCCGCCGGCAAGAGCACCGCACCCCGAUGGCGGCCACCUGCGGCGUGCCUGAACGUGAGCGUGGUGCCUUGCGACUUCGAGUCGUUCCGCGAGCGGGCCUUCUACGUGGCCGAGUCCUCGUACGGCGGCUUCUUCUGCGCCGAGUGGCUGCAGCACACGCACUGCCCCGUCAACGAGGACAGAUUCAGCAUCUACAGCCACUGCGACUCCAAGUGCAAGGCCGCCUCGGGACACAAGUGCGACGAGCCCCGGUUCCGGCUGUGCACCACGGACGACAAGGUGUACCAGUUCUACUACAGCCAGGGCAAGUGCCACCGCCUGGACAACGACGAGACGGGCUGCCUGGUCGGCAGGAACCGCUUCGAGAACGAGGACGCCUGCAACCAGGCGUGCGGUGACGAAGACACCCUGCAGAGCCGCUGUCGGGACGAGUGGGGCGUGUCGACGUGUGCGUUCGACCACCUGCGCUACCUCUACUACUACAACGCCGAGAAUCAGGCGUGCGAGAUGUACAACUUCUGCGGCCGCAGCUCCUUCCGCACGGUGCACGAGUGCGAGCGCCACUGCCUGCACGAGCAGCCGUCGCCGGCGCCCGCCGCUGACGCACCUGGCGAACCGAAGGCGGUGACGCGAAGGCGCGACGCCGAGGCUGGCGCUAACGGCAGGCCCGUUCGGGCGCCGCACGUCAGACGCCGGCGGCCGCACAAGACGGGCUGA